GUUAUGUUGGCAAUAGUACUCGCCUUCGCGAAAUAUGCACGCAUUGAGACGCCUGAAUUUAGAAUGUUCUUUGAAAAUCUUCGGUGAAAUACAUGGUGAAUCGCGAGUGAAAGAUAAUCUCCGUGUUCUAUAUCUCCCCAGGAGUGAAUUGGAUUAUUAUUCUGUGUAUAUUAGUGACUGUUUUGGGUGACGAACAAAGAAAAACGUAGUGCGUCUAAAGUUAAAACAUGGUGCCGCUAGGACCGGGGCCAGGCCAUCCUGCUGCACAUCAAACACACGGCGGACCCUCGGCUAAUCUAUCCGGCCCAAAUUCGUUAUCACAAAGUGCUCCACAAUCAAACAAGUCGUCGGUGGCGAAGCCGAACUACACUCUAAAAUUUACGCUUGCUGGCCACACGAAAGCUGUGUCAUCUGUGAAAUUCAGUCCCAAUGGAGAAUGGCUGGCCAGUUCCUCUGCUGACAAACUUAUCAAAGUGUGGGGUGCCUAUGAUGGCAAGUUCGAGAAAACAAUUUCUGGCCACAAGAUGGGCAUCAGUGAUGUGGCGUGGUCAUCAGACAGCAGAUUGAUAGUCAGUGCCAGCGAUGACAAAACCUUAAAGGUUUGGGAAUUAAGCUCAGGAAAAUGUUUGAAAACACUAAAAGGACAUAGCAAUUACGUUUUUUGCUGUAAUUUUAACCCACAAAGUAAUCUUAUUGUAUCUGGUAGUUUCGAUGAGAGUGUACGAAUAUGGGAUGUAAGAACAGGAAAAUGUUUGAAGACAUUACCAGCGCAUUCAGAUCCAGUAUCAGCAGUUCAUUUCAACAGAGAUGGCAGUUUAAUUGUAUCCUCAAGUUAUGAUGGAUUAUGUCGAAUCUGGGACACAGCAUCAGGGCAGUGCUUAAAGACAUUAAUUGACGAUGACAAUCCUCCUGUCUCCUUUGUAAAGUUCUCACCAAACGGCAAAUACAUCUUAGCAGCUACAUUGGACAACACACUCAAAUUGUGGGACUACAGCAGAGGGAAAUGCCUUAAAACAUAUACAGGACAUAAAAACGAAAAGUAUUGCAUUUUCGCUAACUUCAGCGUAACAGGAGGAAAGUGGAUAGUAUCAGGAUCUGAAGACAACCUGGUGUACAUCUGGAAUCUGCAGUCGAAAGAGAUAGUGCAGCGGCUGUCGGGACACACGGACACGGUUCUCUGCACGGCGUGCCACCCCACCGAAAACAUUAUUGCAUCCGCGGCGCUGGAAAACGAUAAGACUAUUAAGCUUUGGAAGAGUGACACUUAAGUUAUACUGGUCACCAAACAAAAGCAGUGAUCUGUAUAGUGCGGCUCCAUAUUGUGAGCCGAGACGCGACUGGCUUGUGUAUACUUAUUUUAGGAUACCAGUGAUUUCGGUACCUUAGGACAAUGAAAGCUUAUUCGAUGCAUUAUUUCAUUUCUAAUCAUUUAGUUCACAGUGAAAUGUGCAUUUUCGGUUGUUAUAAGAUAUACAUUAUGUUUUGUAUCCAACGUGCACACGAGGAUAUGAAAUUUUAGCCUUUAUGUUUUAGAUAGGAUUGAGUUAAGAAUUCCGCUUAAGAAUAACUGUUGGAUGCAAUUAAAAUUUAGUAGUUUA